AUGACUACUAGUACUGAACUAAACAGGACGAGAAUUGCGCCCGAAAACCGGCCCAGACAACUCUCCCGCGCUUCUUUAAGGCGUGCCCAAUCUUCCCCAGAAGAUGAAUCCCACCAGAUUAUUUCUCCGCAAUUCAUGGACGACCAUGGUGCCCAUCAUUAUCACGCCCAUGCAAUACGAGAUGACUUGGAUGAUGAAUCAAUUGCCGCUGACGACGACACCACCAGGACGAGUACCAGAGAGUCGGUGGAAGAGGUCAGGUUCGGCAUCCGAGAUAGUCGGGAUCUCGAAGCCGAUUUCGCAGAGUUGAAAAAGGAAAAGUCCGCAAGGUCUACCAAAGAUCCCAAUUUGGUAACGUGGGAAAAUGCCGAGGAUCCUGAGAAUCCCAAAAACUGGGCAUACAGGAAGAAGUGGGCUGCAACAUUGAUCGUUUCUUCCUUCACCUUCAUCUCGCCGGUCUCAUCGUCGAUGGUUGCACCGGCCUUGGACAAAAUGGGCCAAGAUCUCGGAGUGAAAUCUGACAUCGAGAAGUCUCUUACUCUCUCCAUCUUUGUCCUGGCAUAUGCUAUUGGGCCGCUUUUCCUUGGCCCACUCUCUGAAAUAUACGGUCGGGUCAUUGUGCUGCAACUAUCCAACCUAUUCUUCCUGGCGUUUAAUAUCGGCUGCGGUUUUGCGCAAAGCAAAGGUCAACUCGUCGCAUUUCGUUUCCUCAGUGGCUUAGGAGGUAGUGCACCCUUGGCGCUCGGGGGGGGAGUCCUCAGCGACUGUUGGCGCGCGGAGGAACGUGGGAAAUCCAUCAGCAUUUACUCUCUUGGCCCUCUACUAGGGCCAGCCGUCGGACCAGUAGCAGGGGGGUUCAUUGCCCUCCGAACGACUUGGAGAUGGUGUUUUUGGUCAACCUCAAUCCUAGACGCUGGCAUUCAAGUUCUCGGCUUCAUAUAUUUACGAGAGACCUAUGCACCGAAGCUGUUGGCAGUCAAGGCGAGAAGGCUUCGACAGGAAACGGGCAACCUCGACCUUCACACCGAAUGGGAGUCUCCAGACAGGAGAUUGGCGAAGGUCCUCAAGUCGAGCCUGAUUCGCCCGUUUCGACUUCUUGGAACUCAACCUAUCAUCCAGGCCCUUGCCUUGUACAUGGCCUAUAUCUACGGACUCCUGUACCUCGUCUUGUCCACAUUUCCCAUGGUAUGGGAGGAUGUAUACCACGAAUCGACCGGAAUCGGGGGUCUCAACUACAUCUCUCUCGGCGUGGGUUUCUUCUUGGGCACCCAGAUCUGCGCCCCCAUCAACGACCGUAUCUACCGCAAACUGAAGAAACGCAACAAUAAUGUAGGCAAGCCAGAAUUUCGAGUCCCACUUAUGAUCCCUGGCGCCAUACUUGUUCCGGUCGGUCUCUUCACCUACGGCUGGAGUUCGUACGAACACACUCACUGGAUCGUACCGAAUAUCGGGGCUGCUAUUUUGGCCGCUGGCACCAUUAUGGGAUUCCAAUGUACGCAGACAUACAUCGUGGACGCAUAUUCUCGGUAUGCCGCCUCCACAGUCGCCUCCGCCGUGGUUUUGCGAAGUUUGGCCGGUUUUGGAUUUCCCCUCUUUGCGCCAUAUCUGUACCAAGCACUUCGGCUCGAUUGGGGAAAUUCACUCCUCGGCUUCAUCGCCAUCGGUUUGGGGAUCCCUGCUCCGAUUCUCCUCUGGAAAUAUGGGCAGACUCUACGCGAGAAAAGUACUUAUGCCGCUGGAUAA